CGAAGUUUUGGUAUGAAUGUCAGCCGUCUACUCAGUUGCGUCGCAUCCAACGAAGUGGUCGGUCGGCAAGUCAAAAAUCUUCGGAAGCUCUUGAACUCCAACAAUCGGGGAAGUUGGCUCGAAGCUUGCUCCGCUAUAGUGGACAUCCUCAACGGCCCUGGUGGCUCCCCUGUCCGACUCGAGCUCAGUCUACUGGCCACGGCACUCAUCAAAUGCGUCAAAGUCCAGAACGACCCACGCUACCUGCCUCUUCUCACUACCUUGAGUGAAGCCAUGGCCCAGCGACUAGCGGGCGCCGAACCAACAGAUUCCUCCACCAUGUCCCCGAAGCACACCGCAGAGGUCUUCAGGGCCAUCGGUGUGGUCGGCAGGUCCCCUCCAAGCCCAGUGGUCCGGUUAAGAGAUCUACUACGACCACAUCUACUCCUAGCAAUACCGCACAUGGGUGCCCUACAACUACGACAUGUAGCAUGGACCAUCAAUCGGCUGUCCAUAUCUUGGAUCACCGAGAUAGAGUUGGCUGUAAAGACCAUUGUGGAUCGGGUGGGUCUGGUCUCAGUUGGGUCAGAUGAGCUGGCGACCUUCGUCUGGGCCGUCAGCCGUAUGGGUGCCUGCAACCCACAUUUCGCUGGUUUGGUGGCGGUAGACUGGAAGGGCCGGGUCGGCCGAUCUGGUAUCAGUCCCGAGGCCCAUGCAGUGGUACUCACUUCACUCGGGGCUUCCGCGAGGGACCAUCCCGAUGUGGUGCGUCUCUUCAGUACGUGCUCAUCAGAGUUGACUUUCGAGAGCUUCAACCCAACGGAGCUGGCAUCGGUCCUCUGGGCCUUCGGCCAUGUCCCAACGGCGACUCUAGACCCUAGUAUGUGGAAGGUGUACAUCAGCAAGUUCGAUGACACUUCUACUAUCCAGCAGUGUCCCUUGAAGAGCGUAGGCAAUGCCUUCUGGGCGGCCGGAACUAUCGCCCAGUACAACAAAUGCGAGUCCCAUCCCCCUCUAAUAUUCAUCCGUCAUCUUGGAGAGCUACUAGUGCUGUCCGACUUGGGACCAUUCACAGGCGCGGUCAUUUCAAGUAUCGCUUGGGCAGUUACUCUGUCUAACGAUGGUGGCCCAUGGGUUCAACAGGUCUUCCGCUUUCUGCUACAGAAUGACCAUGGCCUUAUUGAGAAGGGCGUUGUCGAGGAGUGGAAGCCUCUAGAGCUGGCCACGGUCGUGAGCUCUUUGGCAGAUGCCAAGCUUCUGGACUUGUUCGAAGACUUCACGAAGCUGACCAUUGAAGUGGUCAUUGAUACUAUUACGACUUGGCGACCGACAGCUCAGAAUGUCCUGGCGGUUUCCCAGAUAUCGAAUGCCUUGUGGUCCUCUGGUCAAGAGGCCGUGCUCCCCAUUGUUGAAUGGGCCGUGACCAAUGGCGAUGCCCUCACACCUCAGAGUGAGAGCCGCAUACUAUGGGCAGCUGCUAAGAUGUUCGAGUCCUCUGCCCUGCGAGAGCCGCCACCUAGUGUCGUGGCGUUUGUCAAUGGCCUCGUCGACCGCUACCGCUCUCGGGAGCAUCAUCAGUACCAACAGCAGGACGUUGGCCUAUUGGUGUGGGCUUUGGGUACACUACGAUUAUCCCAUUACGAGUUGGAGGAGAGAUGUUGUGUAUUGGCAAGAGGCAUGUUGAAGGAGGGUCGGAUCGACAGCCGUCAUCUGGCGAUGGUCCUCUGGGGUAUCACAUCUAAUGCACAUCGAUCACCCUCUGCCAUCGAUCUAAUUCAGGACGUUAUACACCGCGUUGAGAGCAGUACGUUGAGUCCUCGGCCAGCUGAUGUUACCAUAGUCAUUUGGUCCAUGGCCGUGUUCGACCUGUACAGCGAAAAGGCUCUACAGAAGCUCCUUGAGGCAUUGGUGAAGGCAGGACCAAUGAGCAAUGCGCCCCCACGUACAGAGCAAGGGGCCUCUCUCAUUAGGCUCCAUCGGUCUCUGCUGUGGGCAAGGCUCUGUCACGGCUUCCAACCAUCACCCUCUGAGGAAGCUCACUUAGUGAAGAUCGCGCAACGGCAAAGGGCGCCUGGUGGCGGCCUUGUUACUAGCAGCACCUUGCAAUGGGAGAUACGCUCCGAGCUGCAAAGGGUCUUGCUUGAGGUGGCCCCAACGGCUAGUCUCCGCGAUGAAUAUGAGCUUCCUGCACCUCUCGAAGGGAUCUUUGUUGAUCUUGCUGUCAUAGAUGCUAAGGAACAAGUGUUGCUUAUUAUCGAGGUCGACGGCUACUCCCACUUCUCGAAGUUGAUUAGUGACAAUAGUCUCGCUGAACUGCAGUACAACGGCAACACUGAGCUGAGCAGGCGUAUACUGCGUAAGGCGGGCUAUGAGGUGCUCAGUAUCAGCACAGUUGAUUGGAACAACACACAACGGCAUCGACGUGGCGAGUACUUACGGGAGCAAUUAAGACAUGUGAUGGCUUAGAUGCU